UGGUGGAGGAGGAAAGACAGAGGAAGUCAGAGGAAUUAAAAAAGGAAUUGGAGGGGUGGGAGAGGAGGAAGAGUUGGGGGAAGAUAGGUUGAAAGAACUGAGGGAAGAAGACCUUAGAUAGCUGGGGGAGGAAGAGGUGGGGGGGGGGGAAGAUGGGCUAGAUGGGGCGAAGACCCUGAGGAGAAAGCUCUAAGAUAGCUUGGGGAGGAAGAACUGGGACAGGGAGGCUGGGUGAGAAGAAGACCAAAGGGAGGAGGAAGCAAGCGGCGGGAGAUAGACGGGGUGCGGGCCGGCGUCUGGUUGUGGGACAGGUUGAUGUCGUGGGCAAACUGCCACAGGAUGCUCCGCACGAUGCUUAUGGCCUUCAGGUCCGUGUCCUGGCCCAUGUACCUCCUGAAGGAGGAUAUGGUGAGCCACGAGUCCCACUCCCGGAGACCCUUCACGUAGACCAGGAAGGCGAGAGCGUGGUAGGUGCAGGUCCUAAACCCAAGUCACUUCAAGGCCCAACGCACCACGGUCACCUGGUGCGCCGUGACGUCGUUGUGGCGGCAGAAGGCGCCGAAAGCACCUUCUGCCGGUCCGCUAGAUCCAGUCUUCUACAACCUGCGCCGCUUAACUCCAGAAAGUGACGCAUUCAUCAUGCCAAUGUUUACUGAUUUGUGCAGAACCUUGCUGGUUCAUUUCCUGCACUGAUGGCAUUACACUAAAAUCCAGGAUUUGUGUAUUCCAGCAAUGACGCGUCGUCUGUUCUCCUCUGGGUUCAUAAAAUAAUUAGAAAUCAGGGUAUAGUUUUAAAAAGAUGCCACAGACAACAAAAGAGUAAUCCAUUAGUUAUUACAAUUAUUUUCUAAAUGCUCAUUAAAAUGGCCUAUGAUUGUUCAAAUGAAGUAAGUAUCAGUGUCAUUAACAGUCAAAGAGUUCAUUUUCAACUGAGUCUGCGUAUACCGCGUGCGGAGUCUCCGCUUAAAGCACCCAAUAAAAGGAACUCCGCGGAACAGAGCACCUCUGCUUCACCACCUCUGGCCUUAUUCUAUGGGCAUCCCUUUCCUAGCAACCUACAUAAGCCAAGACAGGCCUGGAUACAGAUGCAUCCGCUGUGUGUGUUCCCUGCACACUUUAGCAUGCAUCCUCACUCUUUACAAGAAAAAGGGUAUGAGGGCUGGGUACAUAAUUACUACUCAGGACACUACCGCCCAUAUACAGCAAUCUUCCGCCCCCCCCCAACGCACACACGUACAAUAUGCAGAGCAUCACGGGAGCCAUGGUAGUACACGCGGAGCCUUGACAGAGGUCGUUUGACGCUUCCAGCAGCUGUCUCAUAAAGAAAAACAUAAUUACGAUUACGGGAAUUAACUUAAUUCUGUGAACAGUUUGACAAUUUCCCAAUCUCCAGUAGGGACGGCCGUGGCCGGUCCCAUGUUCCAGUCCCGCUGAAAGCUGGCCACCUUUCUGUGAUAGUCUUGUGGCCAAAGAUCACGCCCGCGCUGCUCUCCACUCUGCCUUCUACUGUACGUGUCAGCAAGCACCGGAGCAGGACUUGUGCCUCUGCAAGCGCCACCUCAAAAAGACUUCCCUUCGCCCAACCGGCCUCACUUCGAGAGGUAGCUGAGACCAGAACAAUACUGGCGUGCCUUCCCAAAACUUUACGCCAGGCCACCAGAGUAGCUUUUUUUUUUUUUCGAUAUUAUACAUGACUUAGCAUGCAGUUAAAAACACCCGAUGUCUUUAAGAGUGUGGUCAUGAUCUGCUGCCAGAGUAAACAUGUGACAGAGAAAACGUACUUCCAGCAGCAGCAGCAGCAGCAGCAGCAGCAGCAGCAGUCAACGAGGCAGACAGACAGAGUAACACGAGCCAGUAAGUAAUGCCACUCAUCUUGUGUUUCAGACAAGCGUCCAUAACGAGACAUGCAAGGGCUAUUCUACAGCCACCGCACAUUCUGCUGGGUGUUGGCGGUGGCAGCAAGCAUGGCUGUGCUGGUGAUGGUGGUGGCCGCAGUGAUGAUAACAGUGGUGAACCCAUGGCUGCUCCUCAGCAAAGCUGACAGCGCCGGAGCAGGAGUGGGUCUACUGCUGACAGGAACGCCCCUAGACGCUGAUCUGCGGGCAGCCUUCCAGCUGGCAGCGCAGCGCAGCGGUGCAGGGGUGCCGCUGCUGGAGGGUGCCGCCGCGGAGACGGCCGAGGACGUGGUGGCGGCAUUCAUGCAGCUGUGGGAGGCAGGCGUGAGGGUGUUCCUGGCAGGCGGCGGCGCCACGCACACGGAGGCCUUGUGUCGACACCUGAAGCAGGCAGGGAAGGAGGCGCUGCUUGUGUCGCUCACAGCCGACGCUGACACUCCCUCCUGCAGCAGCAGCAGCAACGGCAGCAGCAGUCUGCUGGCGUCUCUCUCCCCGCCGCCCUCCGCGCUGGUGGCCACGGAGGUGGCGGCGCUGGCAGAAGGCGGCGCUACCCACCUCGUGCCCGUGCUCAUGCAGUCGCGGGCGGGGGAGUCGCUCCUGCCGAGCCUCAGGGCGGUGGCGGCGGCCAGCAACGUGAGCGUGGCCGCGCCCGUCUACCUGGACACCGCGCGCCCCUCCGUCAUGCAGGUGAGUCGGGCUCUGGACACAGCGCCUGGGGCCGCCGUCUGGCUGACGGCAGACAACCACCUCCCGCACCUCAUGGCGCCGCUGAGGGACGCCCUCUACGGCCGCCUUGUCAUGCUACACGCCCAUCCCGCUCACCUCGCCGCCCUCCUUGCUCAUCCUACCGCCCGCGCCGCCGCUGAGACCUGCGCUGUCACCACAGUGCAGUGGGCGGGGCCCUCCAGUGUUAACAGCCUCGCCCACCGCCGCCUCAUGGCUGCCCUCACGCCCACGUACCCGCUGGCGGCCGCCCUAGCCUACCACGCGGCCACCCUGGCUAUCGAUGCCGCACUCCACGGCAGCGCCCGCACUGCGACGCAACUCAAGACUCGCCCACUGGAGGAGGCGAGCGGGUGGGGCGCUGAACCCGCCCAGGAACAGGAGGUCCGGCGGACAGAGGAGAUGGGCAGCGCCCCUGCCAUGCAACAAGCAGGGUGGGCAGCACGCCUCCGUCUAGUAAAGCAACACCUGGUGGAGACAAUGGUGAUGCAGGACUCGCCGUGGCUGCUGGAGGGCAUGACCUGGGUGCACGAAGGCGCCGACCCGUCCUCCUGGGUGGUGAGGGGGAGCUACGCCCCCGCUCGCCUGCUCACACGGAAGGAGAUGUGGCUGCUAGGGAAGCACACGGGCUGCGGCUCCCUAGCCAGGGUGGAGGUGCGUGCCCACGACCCCCUCACCAACCGCCCUGUCCUUGUUGCCUGGCCAGUCCACGCCGUGCCGGAAGUGCUCCUCAUACCCAACUUCUCCCCGCGGGGCUUCAGUGUCAAGGCACACUGCCCGGGCCGUGCCAGGAGGGAGGUGGAGGUGGGGUGCCAGGGUGUCGCAACACUCAAUGAGUCUUCAAGUUGUUUGGUGGUGGAGUCCAGGGGAGGCAGGCAGCGGCGUGAUAUACACAACUAUAUUCCUUACCACAGCCUGCCCUCUCUCCCACCCAAAGAAAAGGAUACAAAUCCUUACAUCAUCAUAAGGAAGCUGAAAGGUCUCGUCAAACACCCUGACUUCCAACAAUUUGUUCCCCAAAUUGGUGGUUGCCUUGGAACUGUUAUCGGCUGCAGUAUUUGUUUUGUGCACAUUUUGUCAAACGAUAUUCCUGUCAUGCCCAGUGUCUGUUUUGGUGCAUGUGCCGUGGGAGUCUCUGGCUCAUGCAUCGCACUAGUUGCAGGAGGCAUUCGAUACAAGAUGAGCACCACCGUCAUCUGUACGGAGCUGUUCACACAGGGCCAACUCUCCUGGGAUUCCUACAUUGCAGACGCCGCCUACGGAGCGCGCGUGGCAGCAACCAACCCCCAGGCGCUGCGAGGCUACCAGCUGAUGGCGGGCCCCCUGGUGGCUGCCAUGCAGGUCAGUCCGAGCCUCUCCAGCCUGGUGGAGGUGCUGGCACGGCCUUGGGUCAGGCACAUGGAGUUUGAGGAGGGCGUGGCAGAAGCUGACGACCCAGUCGGGCGCCUCAUGACUGCCCUGGGCCUGCCGCUGUGCUCAGCUGUGGGUCUGCUGCACCACCACAUCCUCACGGCAGCACUCGUCGCCCUGACGACCACCCUGACCUGGCGCGCCCUCAAGUGACUCUCACACACCUCAGGAUCACCAAAAA